AUGACGAGCGGCGGGAGUGGGAUGGCAUCACCUACAAAAUCACCUAUAUCAUUGCUGUGGAAGCAACUGAACAGCAACCCGAAGAGCAUGUCGACAGACUCUUUAAGCCUGCCUUCACCUGUAUCGUCUAAUCAAAAUUUGAACGGUGAAACGGCUGGUUUACGAAUGCCCGUGCUUUCUUCAAGUGAGAACUAUGAGGAUUCUAAUCUUUCAGCCAAACAGUCUUCGAAAGUUUGGUCUGGUUCAACUCCAAAUUCAAGCGAAUACAAGCAUUUCCGGGAUGAUUUCUUGGCGAAUCGUCAUGGCUUCACGGGUAGAGUAUUCGGUGUCUCUUUAUCAGAAUCACUAAGCGUUGCUAGUGCAGAGGUUAUAGUACAAAGUGGACUGGUCAGUUUUGGUAGAAUACCCAUUGUUGUGGCUAAGUGCGGUGCGUAUCUAAAAGCUAACGGAUUAGAAACUUCGGGAGUUUUUCGCAUAGCUGGGAAUAGUAAACGUGUCAAGGAAUUGCAGUAUAUCUUCUCUUCUCCGCCAGAUUAUGGUGCGAAAUUCAAUGGCUGGGACGCCUACACUGUUCAUGACGUUGCUUCCCUACUCAGAAGAUUCCUAAAUAACCUUGAGGAACCACUAGUCCCAUUGGAUCUUUACGAAGCUUUUAGAAAACCACUGCAGAAUAGACCAAGGAUAUUAAGACAUAUGGCUAAUCAAACAACUACGGGCUCUAAUGCAAAUAAAGAGAAUACUGAUGUUUUGAAAAAGCCAAAUGCUGAGGCAGACAAGGACGAUAGAGCUAAUGAUGGCGAUGAAGAAAAAGAGGAUGACGAUCCUCAACUUUCAGAGGAAAGGAAGAAGAAGCGACAGCGACAUAGGAAGCGGCUGAUUCGAGAUAUUCGAGCGGCCAUAAAAGAAUACGAAGGACUUUUCGUCUCUAUUUCAAACGACACAAAGCAAUUGACUAUUUAUCUAUUGGAUUUGAUGAGUCUAUUCGCAAGACAAUCACAGUUCAACCUCAUGACCGGCAGGAACUUGGCAGCGAUUUUUCAACCUUCAAUUCUUUCACAUCCACAGCAUGACAUGGACCCAAGGGAGUACGAAUUAUCAAGAUAUGUGACCGAGUUCCUGAUAGAAUAUUCCUACAAGUUACUACCACACCUAUUGAAGCUCACUAAAGAUGAACAACAACAGCAACCACAACAGGAACCACAACAGCAAGCACAAGAACAACCUCAACAGCAACCGCAACAACCUUCACAGACCAAUCAGCUCGAAGCUCCGAAGGCUCACAAACUAGUAGUUACAAAUGAAAAGAAUGAAAGUGUCACAUUUGCUACUCCUGAUUCGAUAAGUAUCCCACUUAAGACUGAAAAUGAAGCAUCUGUUGCGCCUUCCACCACAAUUUUUGGAUCCCCUAGCAAGAACGCUCCCCCAAGACAACCACUUAAGGUUCCAAAACAACGAAGACCUCAUUCUAAAUCCAUUGGUUCUGCUCCCAUUCCACCAGAUGUUAUCGCUAGCAAUAAGAGAAAGUCAAGACUUUUCCCCUGGUCACCUAAACCUGGUAUAUUGAGUGACAACGGAGGCGAUUUCACUGCCACUGAAGAAGAAGGAGAUGAAUAUUAUGACGAAGAGCAUCGUGAAGCGAUGCACUCCCCGUUAAGCGUGAAUUCCAAUUCAGUCACAAGGCAGCAGUUUCUACCGAUACCGCCUAUGAAUCGGAGUUUAAGUGGCAAUAGCACAGCUUCAUCUCUCACAAGACGUCCAAUGUCCGCUAUUUUCAUUGGGAGUAGAAACAGUUCAAUUGACGCAAUUGACGCUGCUAAAGGAAACGAUACGGGAAAUGACAAGAAGGUUUUAUCCGAUGAAGGAGAAUUGGAAGAACGCGGCACUAGAUCACGCAAGAGAGAUUCAUGGUUUCAAAGAUUACGGAGUAGGUCAAGGUCAAACACUAGAUCGUAA